UGCACACACUGAAAACUACAAAUGUACCUCAUGCCGCAACAUCCCAGGUUUGUACUGAAGAGAUGGUCCUGCAAGCUGCAUUUCUGGACAGAUUUAUUUCAUCCAAUCACACUGGGAUGGAUCCCUACUAUUUUCAAUAAGUGUGAUGGGUUCUUUAACAUGCUCGAGGUGUCGCUCUUCUAAAACACAAGACCUCCAUUUAACGCCCUAUCCGAGGUAAAAGUAUUUUUUUAAACCUGAGUGGUAAAGGAAAUUGGUGUUAAGUCAAUAAGUGCCUUUCCCAAUGGAAAACCAUAGAGAUAGACCAGUCAGGCAUUGGAACUCCGGUACCUCCAGGUUCUGAGUCAGCAACUGUCACUACAACUGUAACCACAAGGCCAUCGAGCCACCUCACCGUACAAUUGGCAGGAAAGCGAAGCCAGACAGCCUUGCGUACACCUUAUAUGAGGAUGGACAGCCGAAUGACGUGUUAUCUUUUGAGCACUAAUGUAUCCUGAUCUAAGUUUCAUGAUGAAAUGACGGCCCAUUUGGAUAGAUGCGGCAAUGAAAAAACAGAUAACUAUAUAUUACCAAGGAAAAAUCCCUGGUAUCCUUACAAUUUCAAACCACUGCAGGUAUUGGACAGCAUCGAGGUAACAGGAUGGAAGGAUGGCAAGAAUGCCUUACAUAGGAAAAAAUUCCACGCAAACAUACAGUCACUUUUAACUGUAUAACGGAAACAUCAUACAGAUAAAUACAUUACAUUUACAGAUAGGCAAAGCCUUUGGACAUGCCUAAGCAAUGACGUCUUAUGCUGCCUAUUUGCUAGCAUGUUUUCCCCAGGAAACAACAAUUGAAUAAAGGAUAGGAGUACGUAGCUUCAGUCAGUCAGACGGAAUGCCCUAGUCUCUAGGUCUUUGUUGACUCUCACUACCUGUGCAAGUCUUCCCUACCGCAGCAUCUAAAAGAACCAUCCACCCUCGGUUAUACAAGAAAGCAGUAAAGGCAGACAGAAAGAUGAGAAAGGUGGUACUGGUAGGGAUGUUGCUCGGACUGCUGCUGGGGUGUGUAGAGUCGCAGGACGACACGGGUGGAGAGAUAGUGACUAUGUGGGAGGAGGAGGGCUACAACUGCUACCCGCCAUGGCACCAUCAUUGCCAGACAAGCGGGUCGGCCAUCUUGAGAAGGCGCACUGACGGCAGGCUGGUCAGGAGACGCCCCCUACCGGUUUGGGAGUUAGAUGUCCCCGCCGAGGACCGUUUGCCGUACCCCGGGGACCUUCAGGAGUGGCUGUCGGACGGUACAUGGACCCUCCCCCGAGAGAGCGGCAGUGACGGGCCCGGUAACGAUCGCUCAGCGGCGAUGGGGCAGGUUCGUCGUCAGAUCCUGGAUCGGCUGACCGGUGGGAAGGUUCGCUCCCUGCGUCCUGGCAAGGACGAGCAGCACUGACCAAAUCAUCACGGAAAGCAUUUCAAUGUAGUUUUCUUACCUAAAUAUGCAACUUUAUUUUUCUUCUCCAAAGACAACCCGCCUGCUGUCUUCGUUAGUGCAAACUUGACUUUGAACAGUGACUUUCUGAACUCAUCACUUAUAGAUAGAUAGCACACUGGUUGUAAAGAAGAAUUACGGUUGCAUAUACUUUUAAGGAAACUAUAUUGAGUUGAUCUACCAACCUGAUGAAAGUGAUUUCGGAUGUAACAAGAAGAAAGAUCCCUUCAGAAGUUCUUUUAUUCUUAUAUCUGAGCUGAGAUAGAUAAAUAAGACCUAAGGAGUGAGUAGAGUUAGCUUUACCCUGAAACGCAGUUUUCUGAUCACGUCAUAUGAUUAAGACUUUUAUCUCUGAAAUUUUGAUGAAUCGACGAUCAGAAUAUUUCAUAACGUUACUAGUACACGGCUAAUCGUCUGGAAAUGAUGGCUGCAGGACUACCCUAUAGGGGAGUAUUGGUUCUGGCUUGAUUACUAUGACGUUAGCGUUGUCAACAUUGAAGGCAAAUUCGGUUGAUACUAGGGGUGGGUACCAGUGCGAUGGAUCUGAAAAAAAUCAGUAAACCGGAUUGUGGACCGAUUGAAAAUGAACAGAUUAUAUCGGUAGGCGUUCACGCGUUUUGAUGGUUACCCGCCGGUCAAAGAAAGAGUUUCUACAGUCAAACUUGGUCUAAAACAGAGGCAGUUAUAAAUACAUGUAGGAAUUUAAAAUGUCAGUGAACGUCAGAUACUCCAACAAACAGAAUUCUUUGUAGGGAAAUAAGUAUCGCCCAUUCACAAGUUUUCUUAGGUCCCUGGGCCUGAAUUUUCUGUACCGGUACCCACCCCUAGUUGAUACCUUCUAUUUCCCUGCUACUCUACAUGUUAUUUAUGAAUACCUGAAGUUUUCCCCUGCGAAAUUUUCUAAAAGAUGAGAACAUAACACUGAUAGCGAAGAAUAUGUUACAAAACUAUUCUUAAUAAUAAUGUAUUUUAGAGGUAGAAACUGAGUUAUAAGAUUACAUCUUCAACGAAUACAUAGCUGCUGAAGGAAGGAAAACACAACAAAUACAUGACAGGAAAUAGGAUCUUAUUAUGUGAUAGGAACCAGAGGUGUAGUACAGACAUACACGGUCUAAGUAGGAGCGCAUAGCUUUGCCUGAUUUGAUUGAAUAAAGGAAGAACAGGUUGAGAAUA